AAAGAGUUGCUGACAAUCCGGGCCUCAGUUCGCAAUGAAUUGAGACAAUUGGAGGCCAAACGGCGGGAUCUGUUGCAAGAGAUAUCGGAGUAUAACAACAAAUACGAGGUCUUGAAGUCACAGCUCAUUAAGAAGACCUCAGAAUUGGAGAGAAUUCAGUUGUCUUUAGAGCAGACAAAGUACGCCCAGAAGGAGGUCCUCUUGAAGUCUAACGCACUGCUGGCGCCUCCACUCCAGCUCUUGCCCUCAUUGCCACAAACUGGUGAUCUGAAGAGUGGUGACAAUGCCGUGAACUCAAGACAUCGGAGGAAUGGCUACGAGUUGUGUCGGAUGUAUAACUGUUUCGAUUACUCGCGAUGUUCUCUAUUCUCUCCAUUCCUUCUCUACUUCUAUCACCCGGAAGACGAGGACAUCGAUGACACCAAAGACUCCGAUGUCCGAGAAGAGCACAAACUGAUGAACCAAUUCCAAAGACUGCGGUCACAGAUAUUGGACUCAUUUAAUGGCAAUAUUCACGUCACGUUUGAUCCGACCAUUGCAUGUGUUUAUGUGGUCAUCCUAUUCAGGGAUAGGAAUCAUAUUUUGACAAAAGAUUACUUGAAUUCAUAUCUCAAUUCAUUGUCUUAUUGGGCGGGCUCAAUUCCCGUCAUUAUUGGUGGCGAUUAUCUUCGGUUACCUUUUGAUGAAGUAAUCGACUGGCGCUUAGCAGCCAUACCCCUACCGAUCGCCCGGAUCACAGAAUUACACUUUUUGUUGCGCUCGUAUUCAGACGCAGACAUCAUUGAACUUCGACGCAAUGGACAGCUAUUCCUCAACAGACACUUGUCUUCAAUCAACGCAAUAAUAGACACAAUAUUAGCACUCAUUAGACAAUCACGACUACAAAUCCCUUCUGCGGGCGCUCGCGAGGAACAGUCGCAGAGUCUGUUCAACACAACUAAUCCAAUGAAGUUCUUCGACGCCACCUCUGGUUUGGUUCUCAUCGAUACCAACGGCGAGAACGAAGAGAAUUUGGGACCAAUAGAGCCGCCAUUCCCUUCCAUAGCAUAUCAACGCAACUAUUCAUUAGUCAUAACCAAUGGAUAUAAACUGUGGAACGACUACCGGUUCGACCCGUUCACUACAUUUCCUUCAUUGCCUUUCGAUCCCAUCCUCUCAUCGGACGCUAAAUUCAUGGGCUCUUCGUAUGGCUUCAGACCCAUUGGCGGCGGAACUGGAGGUGCAGGCAAAGAGUUCAGCGAAGCCUUGGGCGGAAAUGUACCCAAAGAGCAGUUCACUGUUGUUAUACUGACCUACGAAAGGGAAGCCGUUCUCAUUGAUUCACUUCAGAGACUCAAAGGUUUACCGCAUUUAAACAAAGUCCUAGUCAUAUGGAACUCUGCGCGCCCGCCCUCGGCUGACCUCCGGUGGCCAGAACUGGGCGCUCCUAUACAUGUAAUCCGAGCCAAAAGGAAUUCCCUAAACAACCGAUUCCUGCCUUACGCUGACAUCGAGACCGACGCCAUACUAUCGAUGGACGACGACGCGCACCUCAGACACGACGAGAUUAUCUUUGGCUUCAGAGUUUGGCGCGAAGCUCGCGAUCGUAUUGUAGGCUUUCCGGGCCGUUAUCACGCGUGGGAUGAGCCCUUCUCUUCGUUUCUCUAUAACUCUAACUAUUCGUGCGAAUUAUCAAUGGUGUUGACGGGCGCCGCCUUUUUUCAUAAAUAUUACAGCUAUUUAUACACGUAUUCGAUGCCAAAAGCAAUUCGUGAUAAAGUCGACGAUUAUAUGAAUUGUGAAGACAUAGCCAUGAAUUUUCUGGUCUCUCAUAUCUCACGACAACCACCCAUUAAAGUCACCUCUCGUUGGACUUUCCGAUGUCCCGGUUGUCCGAUCAGUCUGUCUGAGGACGACUCGCACUUCAAUGAGCGCCACAAGUGUAUCAACUAUUUUGUCCAAAUCUAUGGUUAUAUGCCUUUACUUAAUACUCAAUUCAGGGCCGACUCUGUCCUCUUUAAGACCCGUAUUCCUCACGACAAACAAAAAUUGGUGAUGUCACUGAAGCCAAAGCACGUGGAGUUCGAGCCGACGUGGAAUCAGAUCCGCGCGACCGUCGAGAAAGUGAUUGUCUUGAAGCACGUCCAGAGGAGUGAGUGGAACGACCGCUUCCCAGACCUGUACCAGCUAUGCGUCGCCUUCCCGGAACCAUUGGGUGAUCGCGUAUACCAGGAGACGAAGACCUUUCUCGACCAACACGUCAAACAACUCUAUCAGACAGUUGUCAAGUCCUCACACGAGGGCCUGUUGUCAGCAUACCAUCAGCAGUGGCUUAUAUAUCGCGAGGGUGUCACUUAUAUGAAUAUACUUUACAUGUAUUUAAAUACACAACACAUUAAGAAACACAAGUACUCGGAGGCGGACCUCUCGUACGGGUGCGUCGACACCAGCGAACAAAUGCUAGAAAUCGGGGAAUUGGGUCUUCACUUGUGGAAAGUAAAUAUGAUUGAACCGCUCAAAGACUCCUUGGUAUCACUUCUGCUCGAAGCCAUCGAAGCUGAUCGCAUGGGUUUACCGCAGAACAAGUCUGUAGUUCAGGGCGUUAUCCUAUCGCUGGUUCACGUGGAAGAGUACAAGAAGAAGGGUUCGCUAGACUUGUAUCAGAAUCUGUUUGAGAGUCUGUUCCUCAAGUCGACCGGAGAGUACUACAGACGAGAGGCCGAGGAGUUGCUCACGUCGUGCGACUGUUCCUCUUAUAUGGAGAAAGUGUUGACCAAAUUGGACGCCGAGAAUCUCAGGUCCCGGAGCUUUCUGCACACGUCGUCCUACCCUCGCGUGACCGCCGAAUGCGAGGCCCGAAUGGUUGGCGAUCACCUGUCGUUCCUUCAGACGGAGUGCCCGUCAAUGGUUCACAAUGAGGCGCGAAAGGAUCUCCAGAAUAUGUACCGACUCCUGAAACCUAUCGAUUCUGGGCUCCAAGUGCUCGUCACUGAGAUUCAGGAACACAUCACUCGCAAAGGACUGGAAGCGAUAUCACCACUCAGUGCACGCGAUGAUAACGUCCCGCAACUGUUUGUCGAGAAC